GACGCUCCGUCUUAAGAUUUGUGUGGCAAGAGAGAAAAGGGGAAAAGGGGAAAAGGAAAAAGAAUCAUGGGAAGAAGAGUGUCGCUGCUCCCUCUUAUCCUGUUUGCUGCGAUGCUGAUGGACACCGGGGCCAAUAGGUGUGUGUGCAGAGGAAGGUCACCGUGUCACUGUGAAGGACUCAAAGGCACCCGGGGAGACAGGGGUGCUCCAGGAGGGCAAGGAUUUCCAGGAACAGAAGGCCGCAAAGGAAAUGAUGGUCAUGCCGGGCCAAUCGGACCAAAGGGCAACACUGGGCCGGAUGGACCUGUAGGCCCUGUGGGAGAUCCGGGUCCCGAAGGCAAAGAUGGGUUUGCAGGCUCUCACGGUUUACCGGGCAUCCCAGGUCUGCAGGGCCCACCUGGGCCACAAGGGGUUCCGGGCUGCAAUGGAACAGAUGGAGAAGAUGGACUUCCUAGUGCUCACGGUGCCCCUGGACUUGAUGGACUUCCUGGUCCACCGGGUGCUGCUGGACCAAAGGGUCAGUCUGCAGUAUCAGUGAGUGCAAUUCCGGGGCCACCAGGACUUCCUGGAAGAACAGGCGAGCUGGGUGAGCCGGGUUUGCGGGGAAUUACUGGGCCACAGGGAGACUGGGGACUACGUGGCCCUGAUGGGGUACCAGGCCCUGUAGGAAUGCCAGGAUCAAAGGGUCAAGGAGGGCUAGGUAUUCCAGGACCAGCUGGACUAAAGGGUCGACAAGGGCCUCCAGGCCCACCUGGAUCACCGGGUCGGAUUAGGGAAUAUUUCACUGAGAGCCUUGUGUUAAAGGGUGCAAAAGGAGACCAAGGAGCUACAGGAGAUAAAGGCUGCAAAGGUCCUGGGGGAGACCCUGGUGGCGGCUUUUCCACAAAAGGAGUAAAGGGAGACGAAGGCCAAGUGGGUCCAGAAGGAAAGAUGGGCAAGGAUGGCGAACCUGGACAACCUGGAUUUAUGGGAAGGCCUGGUCCUAGAGGUGAUCCUGGAUAUGCAGGAACAACAGGAGGGACGGGUGCAAAAGGGGAUCAAGGUCCUCCUGGUCCACCUGGGGAAAUAAAAAUAGUGGCACCUGUGCUGCUAAAAGGAUACACUGGAGAUCCAGGUAAUCCUUCCCAACCGGGACUUCCUGGACGCCCAGGUGUUGUGGGAUUUCCUGGACCUGACGGACCACCAGGAGAUUCAUCUGAUCUACAAGGACUACGAGGUCCUGAUGGUGCUCUGGGUCCCGGAGGGGAUCGCGGCGACCCGGGCGAUAGUUAUCCAGGACCUUCUGGUCCAGAAGGGGAUCCUGGUGAACAGGGACCUCCCGGAGAUCAAGGCCCACCUGGACUCCCUGAAGACAAAGAUAAGGUCAAAGUCAAAGGUCUUCCAGGAAUGAAGGGUGUCAGAGGUAUACCUGGGCUUGCAGGAUAUGACGGGCCGUAUGGAAUGAAAGGGGGCAAGGGAGAGCCCUGCUAUGAGUGUAUGGGAGAAGGAGUACCAGGUCCACUGGGUCCUCCAGGUCCAAAUGGAAUACCAGGAUAUAAUCAAGGACCAGGAGAUAAAGGUGAGCCAGGUUUCCCAGGAAGUCGGGGGUUGCCUGGAAGUCCGGGUCAUAUUGGUAUAAGAGGUGCUCCAGGCUUCCCUGGACAAAAAGGAGACUCAUAUUCUGAUAUCAGACCGGGAGUAAAAGGGGAGAAAGGAGACACAGGAUACCCUGGAAGGCUCGGAGUAGAUGGCUUCCCUGGGUCUCCGGGAUUGCCAGGUCGCAAAGGUGUCCAAGGCCCUUUGGGGGAUCCGUAUAGUGGAGAGGGAGACAAAGGCUUUCCAGGUCCAACGGGGCUUUUGGGCAGACCAGGACCACAAGGCUACCCUGGGGCAGUGGGAUAUGGGCCUAUUGGACCUCCAGGAUCUAAGGGGAAUUUGGGGGUACCUGGUUUCCCUGGGCAACCUGGAAUUCCAGGCCAAAAAGGAGAACCAGGCCAUCUCCACUCAAAAGGUUUUCCUGGACUACCUGGGUUUAGAGGUCAACCUGGGUUACCAGGAAGGGAAGGUGCUCCAGGUGUUCCAGGUUUCAUAGGCAGACCAGGUUCACCAGGACAGAAAGGGGAAAGUGGUGACAGAUUAUAUCCUGGACGACCAGGGUUCCCAGGAGAGAAAGGUGACAAGGGGUUGCCAGGUAUCAAAGGUCUCCCAGAUAUCGGUCUUCCUGGUCAACCAGGCCAACAAGGCCCUCCUGGUCUUCCAGGAAUGAAGGGUGAUGGUGGUUAUGGACAUCCAGGACCCAAAGGCCAACAAGGCCUUCCUGGAAAUGAUGGGGCUCAAGGACCUAGAGGAGAUCCUGGAAUCCCUGGCUCACCUGGGAGCCAGGGAUUACUAGGAAAUCCAGGUUUCCCAGGAGAAAGAGGAAAUAAAGGGGAAAUCGGACCACCGGGACCUCCGGGUACUAAAAACUCAUGUAAUGAUACUCUUCCUGGACCAGAAGGGCUAGCAGGGCCAGACGGCGAUCCAGGACUGCCAGGACCCAGCGGGCUGCCAGGUGAAAAGGGAAACAGAGGAUUCCCUGGGUUUGGUAGGCCUGGCCAUCCAGGUGAGCCUGGUCAUCCCGGGCCAACAGUACCAGGAUCCCAAGGGGUUACUGGGCCUAAAGGAAUUAAUGGACAAAAUGGGCGACCAGGCCCAACAGGAAUGAGAGGAGACCCUGGACCAGAUGGGUUACCAGGAUUUGGACCGCAAGGAUUGCCUGGAAUUCUAGGACCCACAGGCGGAAUUGGUAACCCUGGUCGUGAGGGAAACAAAGGUUCCUUGGGUCCACCAGGAAUGACUGGGGAUCCAGGACCUAGGGGUCCCCCAGGAGCUCCAUCUCCAAUACCUUUAGAUCUUAUUGGCCCCUUAGGAGAGACUGGCUCUCCAGGUUAUCCUGGACCAGUUGGUCAUUGGGGUGAUACUGGAAGUACUGGAGCAAAAGGACAAAGUGGUAAUACUAGAGGACCAGGGAGGCCUGGGCAAACAGGUCCCCCAGGUGACCAAGGUAUUCCAGCAUUCUUGAAGGGACGCCGGGGACCUAGUGGAAUACCAGGAGAUCCAGGAAACCGAGGCAAUCCUGGGUCAAAAGGACUAAAGGGAGACCAGGGAAUUCCUGGAGGGCCUGGCGCAGAUGGUGCACCAGGUUCAAGGGGUUAUAAAGGAGAAAAGGGAGAACCAAACUCUUAUGGAUAUGGCCCACCUGGACCGAUUGGACAAACGGGGGAACCAGGAUUAAGCAACACACACAUAAUGAAGGGUGAAAAAGGAGAGCCUGGUAUUGUAGGAGCUCCGGGUUUACCAGGAUUUCACGGACUCAAAGGAGAACCAGGACGCACUGAACAAAAUGGUUCACCUGGAUAUCAAGGACCAAGAGGUUUAGAUGGACCUCAGGGACACAAAGGACGUGGAGGACCAAAUGGACCACCAGGUCCCCCUGGCCCACUAGGUGGUUUUGGUCCUCAAGGAUCCAAAGGCAACCAGGGACAGGAUGGGAUCCCUGGACCACCAGGACAGAAAGGAGAUACACUUGCGAUAGAAGGACCACCUGGUCGCCGUGGUCUCCCAGGUCAGCUAGGUCCCCCAGGGAAUCCUGGUUGUCCUGGCUCUGCUAGUUCAGGAAAUCCUGGAUUAAGAGGAGACCGAGGACCUCCAGGACCACACGGGGUCUCUGGUCCCAGAGGACAACCGGGAAGAGAUGCAUGUUUUCCCGGGGUAAAAGGAGACCGUGGACUUGAUGGCAGUCUGGGUAGGCCAGGUUAUCCUGGUCCACCUGGACCUCCAGGCCCUCCAGGACCUGGAUGGAAAGGUAACAGAGGGGACCCGGGCCCGACAGGCAGCCCAGGUUACACUGGACUCCCAGGAGAUCCAGGCAUUCCUGGUCCACCUGGUCCAAGAGGCCAACCCGGAAAUCCAGGAGCAAGAGGUGAUUCUGGUUCUACUGGAAACAAUGGGUACCCUGGUGACAAUGGGGACCCCGGCUAUAUACCGGGCCUGCCUGGUCCACCUGGGACAAAGGGUUUUCCAGGAAGACCUGGCGUGAAAGGUAAACCAGGGUCCGGCAAGGUGAUAUAUGAACCAGGACCCCCAGGCUUACCUGGUUCCCCUGGCAACACUGGGCGGUCUGGGAAAACUGGACCAGCAGGACCAACGGGCCAAUCAGGUCCCCCGGGUACCAAAGGAGUCCAAGGUUCAAGCCCAGUGGGACCACCUGGAUUUACUGGUCUUAAGGGAGACAAAGGAGUGUCAGGGUUGCAAGGUCUACCAGGCAGACCCGGAGAUCCAGGCAACAAGGGCCAAAAGGGAUUACCAGGAGAAAGUGGUUACGGCUAUGUGACAAGCUUCCUGAUAGCACGACACAGUCAAAGUGUGACUGUGCCUGAUUGCCCUGAAGGCACCACCCUUAUUUACUGUGGCUACUCUUUCCUCUUCAUGAAUGGAAAUGAGCAAGCUCACGGCCAGGACCUUGGCACCUCGGGAAGCUGUUUACCUCGAUUCUCCCCCAUGCCCUUCCUCUUCUGCGACACGGAGUCAAACUGCCGCUAUGCCUCUCGUAACGACUACUCCUACUGGUUGUCCACUGACGCACCUAUGCUUCCCUCCAUGGUUGCCCUCACAGGGGAGAGGCUGUCCUCCCACAUCAGCAGGUGCUCGGUGUGCGAAACUACCUCUAAUGUCAUAGCAGUUCACAGUCAGACAACUCUAAUACCAGAAUGUCCCAUAGGCUGGCAGUCCCUCUGGAGUGGAUAUUCAUUUGUCAUGCAAACAGGGGCUGGUGCAGAUGGCUCUUCCCAGCCGCUCGUGUCUCCCGGCUCGUGCCUUGAACAUUUCCAUCAAGUGCCAUUCAUAGAGUGUCAUGGCAGGGGGACGUGCAACUACUACCCUGAUUCGUACAGCUACUGGCUGGCAUCACUCAACCCUGACAUGUUCAGUAAACCCAUUCCACAGACGGUGAAGGGGCCUUCAAAAGAAAGCAUUAUCAGUCGUUGUCGAGUUUGUCGCAAACAAUAGCAAGCUGAGAAAUGUGACAGAUGUACAAAGAUACUUUUGCGCACACUUCAAUUUGUUCUCAUGACAUUUUUAAGCAUAACUGGCCCUGGGCAAGCAUUAUGUAAGGGCUACAGUUAAGCUCCAAAUGUCUACCCCCUAUUUAUGAAAUCAAAUAAAACCUUUUUUUUUUUUUUUCCCAGUGAUAUGACCAUAACCAAAAGUGUUUAAAGUUUGUUUGCAUUCACAAGAACAAGAUGACAUAUUUGCAAUUGCUUUCAAUGGGGAAAAUUGAUUUGAAUUUUACUUAAACUUGAAUUAAACUUGUUUGUGAAGGUAUACACAUACUAGGAAGUCAGAUAUGAUCUCUGUUGUUGUUGUAUCAAUAUUGCACAUGCAAAAUCCAACAUGACAAAUUUACAAGGGACAUGCUUCCCUUAUGUCUGUAUAUUAUGCUGCAAAAUGUUCAUAACAUUCAAUAAGAUCCUAAAAACCAGACAAUCUAUGCAAUAGUUUUUCCUGAAAUCCGACUAGAUUCUCUUGACAAUAGACUUUGACACACUAUAAUCAAUGUAUGGCCUGCUCUAUGAUGAUGUGGUACAUUUCUCUUACAAGUCUUACUUUAUGGUCCUUUGAAUGAGACACACCUUAGCAUUUACCAAGCAGAUUAUCAUUUUAAUGGCAGCUGUGCAAGUGCAGAUGAUAAUGCUAAUGCGCGUUAAAAUUAAUGAAAUGUGUAGAAAGUCGAUAUAUCUUACAGGGCUUAUAGUGUUCCAUGCGUGUUUAAUUACUGUAUUGUGAUGUAUUUCAUAAUCGUAAAUGCAGCGACUUCAGUGCAGUUUUGCUAACCGGACAUAACAACAUUAAGGACACCGAUUGAGCGCUUUAUAUAUUGUUCAUAUAUCAUAUUGUUCACAAAUCUGUUCGUGAGCACUUCUCCUUUGCCGACAUAACCCAUGAUUAUUGCACAGAUGUGCCUUAGGCUGCCCACAAUAAAGGGCCUCACUAAAACAUGCAGUUUUACAAACAAAUAAAGUCUCAAAUGUAUAUUUCAUUGCAAAUAAUUAAGCAGUCCAACAACAGAUAAUGUAAUAAAGCAGGUAUCUCUACAUCGUUGCUAUCGUGUCAAUAAUUGACACAUUCAAAAUAAAUAACAACACAUGACAGCACAAAAUCCAGCUCAAGAAUUGUGGUGUCGUUAUGGAAAUGAUGAGUCAUUUAUUGCACUCACAAUAAAAGUGGAUGUCAUGCCCUUGACCGAGAAUUCUCGCGUUGUUCACAUCUGAACGUUGAGUCACUUGUGCCGUCGCUUUAAAAGCUGUUCGAUGUCUGCCUGUUAAAUUGUGCAUUUUUUCCAAAUGGACCGACCGCAUGGAGGAUGUGUGUAAGUUAUACAAAUACUCUAAAGUGAUUAUGUUUCCCUGCUUUUUCUAUUCAAGUAAAAGACAAAAAGAAGCAAUACCUGGACA